AUGAUUCUACAGAAAAUCUCCGGCGUUCUCUGUAUUUUCAGCAGAGUACAAUCUCUUCAUGGCCUUUCAAAUCGGCCUGCAUGCCGAUUCUUGGCGACAAAGACCUACGACCCGCUCCGGAUCCUAUUCUGCGGAUCGGAUGGAUUCAGCAUAGCUUCCCUGAAAGCCCUCCAUGAAGAGCAUCUGAAGUCGCCCGACAGAAUUGCUUCAAUUGAUGUCAUCUGUAGACCCGGAAAGCGAGUCGGUAGGGGCCUGAAGAAAAUACGGGAAGUCCCAAUCAAAUCAACCGCGUUGGACCUAUCCCUUCCAAUCCAUGAGAUAGAUACAUUUAAGGGGUGGACGCCACCGGUCUUGCCGGAGGGCCCAAUCAACUUAAUCAUCGCCGUGUCCUUUGGGCUCUUUGUGCCCCCGCGAAUACUGAAUGGUGCGAAAUAUGGAGGGUUAAAUGUGCAUCCCUCGCUCCUCCCAGAUUUCCGUGGCCCUGCACCACUACAUCAUACUCUCCUCGCCGGUAGAACGAGGACCGGCGUUACUCUUCAGACCCUCCAUGAUAAACACUUCGACCAUGGCACUAUUCUAAAACAGACGCCACCCCCCGGGUUUGAGAUACCGAACCCCGAAUCCUGUACCGUCUCGGAGUUGCUAGACCUGGUUUCUGCGAAGGGGGCUCGAAUGCUCAUUGACGGUAUCAAAAGUGGUGUUUUUGUCCCCCCGCUAGAACAUGCAGGUUGGUAUCGUGCGGAAGGGGAACAGGACUUGAUUCAUGCAGCCAAAAUAACAACAGAGGAUCGACAUGUCGAUUGGGAGAACUGGACGUGGGCGAAAAUCAACAAGCGGAGCCGAGUACUUGGUCCGUUGUGGAGUACGGCUACUACCGUACCAGAUGUUCCGGGUGGUGAAACUCGUAGCUUUCAACAAAAGAGAGUCAUUCUCGCUUCUAUGGAGAGAGUCGAACUGCCCCAGGGCUAUGAUCCGUCCUCUCUUACUCCUGGCCUACCUUUUGUGGAAGGGACGUCGCCAUUUGAGAAGAGACAGGAUGGCAAGGGGCUUUACGUCUUCACACGGGAUGGCAGUUUGAUCCGCAUCAAGGAGAUGAAGGUGGAAGGAGAGCGAGUUGCAGACGGUUUCCGGGCCGCCCUUAAAGCCCGAAUGGUUAGCGACCAGACUUUUUACUUGGGCAGUUCUGAUUACACAUUCUUCUAUGAUCGUCUCCGAUGA